AUGCAAGAUGUCAGUCAAUAUUUACGUGUGUUGCAAGUUGAGGCUGCCUACGCAGGUCCGCUCGGCAUUACAAACGGACACCAGACCGGCAACCUUGCUCUGUUCACUGAAGGGGUUGUCUUCGAGGUAUGUCCGAUCUCGCACUUUGUCGGCACUGCGCCUGUUGAGCCUCCGCUGUCGCUUGCUACCCUUCCACCUAUACCACCUUGCGUAAGGCCUGAUGCGGACACAGCACCGGAAGAAGAUGCGGACAGUGACGCCUGCACACACUCCACUACCACUGUCCGAGCUACCUUCUUGGUGUUGCGAUUGGAAUGUGCUGAUCUCACAGUGCACUGUGAGUUCGAAGCGCCCGCAUCGGCGCAAGAGGCCCUUGAUGCUGUAGCACUUGCCAUGCCACACGAUGUGUACCUGCACUGGUCCCAGGUUCGAGAGGUGCUUCCACAGAUAUCCCCUCAAUGGGGUAUCGCUAUCGCUCUACCUGCCUGGGCGCAUGAGGAGCCCAUUCUGAUAUACAAUCUGCUCCGCGUCGAUGGACGAUUGUAUGCUGCAGCCACCGCCUUCGAGAUCACUUUAGAAUACCUAUGUCGAACGGCUAAGGUCUCUGCUGAUGAGGUCGAUGUCUAUGCCUACGGCAGUGCGCAUCCUCUGGAGGAGCACGACCUACUGCAGGUUGCGCCUUACAGGGUCAUUUUCUUCGUUCCGAAACAUUCGGACCCGGCGGUUGGCCACUCCUUUCGGGCCAUGCUUUGCACAUCCUACUCUUGGUUUAACUGCGUCAUGCCCCCACCGGUUGGCGGGCCCACUACCCGCAAAUUCUGCCUCGUUACGCAUGCGUGUCACCGCCUGCACGACUUCGCACAGGCAGAAGCGCCUUUCAGAGCCGAACUCGCAGAAGCUCUAGGCAUCGUUGCUGCCGAUCUGCAGCUUCAAUUUGCUGUGCCCUGCCACCAAGAUGUCGUUCUAGAGGGAGUCACAUGUCGCAGCAUUGUCGCAGCGACUCACACCCAACAAGAUGUAGCCUUUGUUGACUGCCGACCCCUUCUUCAGGGUUGGCACCUUCUGCAGUUUCGACAAGGGCGAUACCCGCACUCUGAUCUCGUUCAAGAUCUUGGUCACUUCAUGCCAGCUCACCACCACGUGCAAAUCGAUGGAGCUGAAAUUGAUGAUGACGAUUUAUUACUUGUCCCGGGACAGGUGCUCAUUGCACAAUUUGUCCCUAUCACGUCACCCUCGCAGCUUGAAGAGGAUGAAGAGUCGGGCCCCCCGACCGAUGAUUCUGAUCUCAGCGAUGACUCAGAAGGCACUAUCGGACAGGACACAACCACAGCGCCAGCAGACUCCGAUGGGGAACACCUUUUCGACGACGGGGUUGGCGGAGCUACAGACCCCUCGCGCAGCCGCACACCGCCGAGGCGUCGAUCAGCCACAGUUGCUAAUCCAGUGCAGGCCCGCCUUUGGUCAGCUGUAGCCCUAAUGGUUUUUGCCUCAGGGAUUCUUAGUUUUGGUAGUCCCACCCGUGCGCAGCCAGCUUACCUGGAUCUCGACAUGCACCGGUGCUGCCUUACUAAUUCCGGUUGUGCCCCAACAAAUCCCUGUCCUAGGAAUCACCCCUUUCCCAGACAAGGUGGACGCCUUUCCUACGUUUGGGUCUGUGUGGGCGUCCUGCUGCUUCUGCGCUUUGCUGUGGCCUGUCGUCUGCGACAGUGUAAGACCCAUCAGGAGCCACGUUGUUCCACGCCAGCCGAGCGCUCCAGACUCAACAACUUGCGUCAGGCCACAGCAGCUCUCGGCGUGCUAUGGCCCUAUGACCCGGCUUACCAGCCCCAUGGCCUCAAUCCGGAAGAACCAUCCACCCCCGUAUCAGAGAUCUCUGAUGCUGAGUCAAUUGCAUGGGCUACAGCACUGAUCUAUACACCUGGGACCGAUCCGGAAUUCCUCACUGUUGCGUUCCACUUCCCGGCCACUCUGGCAGAAGGUCUUGCUAUGAUCCAGUCAGAACGGGAACCAUCCCAAGCCCGGAAGUUCCCGAGCCUUGUUCCGGCAUUGCCUCAAACAGUCCCCGGUGCAGGGGUUUGGAUUGCAGCACCGCACUGGGACCCCGAUAAAUGCAUCCUCCUUGUCGAUGCUUCCAGAUGGGAUGGCAGGAUCUUCGCCGCCGUCUGUCCCACGUAUCUGACCCAAGCAGAUGCUCUCAGAAUUUCAGGCCUCACCGACCGGCAGCUCGUUCACAUCUACUUGGGCGAUGACCCUGAGCUGGGGCAGCACCCUCAACAUGUCAGACAGGGAAUGACACUUACCAUCUCCCCCACAGGACAUCGACCCGACCUCCAAGUCCGUAUUGACGUCAUGAUGCGGCGUCCUAGUAUGUGGGCCCAGGACUUCGAUUUUCCUCCUGAUGAUCGAAUCGCCUACUGUGCUGUUUGUGGUGAUCAGCAUGUCCUGCUAGAGUAUGAUCAAACUCGACCAACUCAGUAUCGUAGGCAGUUGGCAGCUGCACUCGGCCUUCGCCACGCAGACAUUUCAGUGUUCCCCUCUAGCCCUCGGGUCACGAAUGUGGCCUUAGAAGGAGUUCACUGUCGCACUGUGCUGGCCGUUACCGAUGCUGCCGCCAUGACAUCUUCUGACCGAGCAUUCCUAGUGAUAGUAGACUGCAGAGCCCUCCUUCAAGGAUGGCAAGCAAUAACUGUCACCGAUGGUCAACUGUAUGUCGACAGAGUUAAGGAUGCAGUUCAGACAACUGCACCCCCACUCUAUGAGGUAAUCUUUCCCGACAUACCCACAGGUGAGGUGUUGUAUCCAGUUUUGCCAGGGCAAGUGCUACAAGUCGAGGUGGCACCCCGAGCGAUCUCUGUGCCCCACCUUCUCCCUAUACACCCGCCUCCAGAUGACGUGUAUCUUCCGGUCAAUGCAGCCUCUAAUGAGCCAAAUCGACCAGCACAUGCUUCGGAAGACGCUUUGCAGCCAACGCAGUCAGCCGACUCACCCGAGCAAGACGCUAGCGCGAGUGAAACAGAUGAAGCCAACGGUGCUGAUGGUCAGUUCGUUGAGGCAACCUUUCUACUUCUUGCUCCGGGGUACGUGCCUGAAGUUGUCAACCUCCGGGUCAGCAUUCCACAGAUGCCACACGCCAUGCUGGCCCGGGUCUCGGCUGCGCGUUUGCCUGAACCGCGCCGACGUUUUCCCAGACUGCUUUCGGUGUCCGCUCAAACCUUCCCACAUUGGGGUACCUUGAUAGUGAGUCCUUCUUGGGAUCCCACAGGGGUCAUAGUGUGCUUUGAUAGCCGCAUUGACAACAGACUGUUUGCGCUCGAUGUGCCACCUUUUGUCACACGUGCCGACGUUCUACGUCUUGCGGGAGUCAACCCAGAUCCCAACAUUUUGGUGUAUCACAACUCCACACCUCAGCCCUUGGAUGCCACCACCCAGGUUCAAGUGCAUUUGGCUGAUCUGUUCCUGCUGUUACCACGGGAACAUGAUUUCUUUGUCACUGCAGACUUCAGCGACAUGAUUAGGGAUCCUGAGGUUUGGCGACCGCCGCCCACAUUCCCUGGUGUCCACAGGAACAAUGUGUGGAUCAUGAGUGACGAUCGAAGUUUUGCCCACGUCAUGCAGCGUGGCCGCAACCACCUCCUUCGUCAGGAUUUGUCGCAGAUCUUCCAAUGUAUGCCGGCACGAUUGAUCAUUGAUGGUGACAUUAUCACCAUUGAGUACCUUACUCACACACAGGCUUUGGAGGCACCACCACCGACACCUCCGCCCGGCUCCCCUCCCGACUCCCGUGCAGGUCAGGAUUGGUUGGACAAUGAUAUUGAGCCAUUGCUUCAGGACCGCAAGGACAUCAAUGAUUUGCUGCCCUGCGCAUGGGCUUUCGGUGUAUGGGCCAUCACCCCCAUUGGCAAGGUGCUCAUCGGACAUGCCAGUGGCACAGCCACCCCUAUGGGCACUCCGUACCAUGUAGGUGAGACCAGCGACACUCCACAAGUCGCCGAACAGCUAGCCCUUUUUUGGGCUUUGUGCUGGAUUGUCGAAUGGGCCCCAGGAUAUCGAUGUUCAGUUACCGUGCACUAUGAUUCUCUGGUUGCCGGCCGCGGUACCUUCGGUGAUUGGCAAUUGCCUGCUGAACCAGGUACGGGCAAGGCCUCUGAUCUUGCCCACCAUCUUGUCCAUCUGCGACAGAUUGCCAGUCGUGUGGUGCCCUUGACACAUCAGCACGUCAAAGGUCAUGCCGGGGUGCUUGAGAAUGAGUUUGCCGACCAUCUUGCCAAACAGGCACGGCGACAACCUGAAGACUUCUGGACCCGUAUGCUGCCUCUAUGGCCGGCGUCAUUUGUCGCACACAGCCUUUCUGCAUGGGCCUGGAUGCUUUUUGACCCCAGCCGUGACGUGCCUACACUUUUCAGUCUUCAAACUGAGGCGCAUAGGAUGCAAGCCUUGGACGCUCGUCCCACUUGUUCCCCUUUUGCGCCGCCGGGGCGACACAUCCGGGCCGCCAAUCAGCACAUCGGUAUGCGCCUGCCAGGACGCAAGGCCCUACUCAAAGCGCAGCUGCGACCGUUAUCCCCCCUCUUUGUGGGACUGCAAGAAACACGGCUCCCUGAGGACAGCACGCAACCAGACAGCGAUUACCUCAUCCUGCAAUCUAGUGCCACAGAGCGAGGGCAUGGCGGCUGUGCGCUGUGGAUUGCCAAACGAGUGCCUUACGCUGUUUGCGCUGGCAAGCCAUGCUUUGUAACCUCGGAUGUGGUUAAUGUGCUCAGUGCCUCCCCCCGGCACCUGGCCGUCACUAUUUCUGCGACCCACUUGCAUCUGCUUGUACUCGUGGCCCACUGUCCUUCAGCCGCCAAAACGCCCAUUUCCGAAUAUGAGGCUUUCUGGCGGCAGCGGGUUCAUGAUUUAACUCGCCGGCCGCCGGGAUACGAUUUCCUGGUCCUCACAGAUGCUAAUGCUAGGGUAGGGAGCAUCACCUCCGAAUGCAUCGGCUCGUAUGCCAGUGAAACCGAAAACCCACCUGGAGAGGUUCUCCAUGAGGUGUUGCACAGCCUAGCCGCAUUCUUACCCACAACUUUUCCCGAUAUUCAUGUCGGCCCAAGUGUCACGUGGGUGUCGCCCUUCGGCGACGGGCACCGCAUCGAUUACUUCAUUGUCCCGCAGCAUUGGACUGGUUUCUCCCUGCGUACCAAAGUCCUCACCCAUUUGGAGCUGCUGCAGGCCAAGGACGACCAUUUUCCGGUCCACCUUCAAUGCACUGGAUCCACUCAGGCACCUCCGGCCUUUUAUCAGCCCAAGCUAGCUUCCCCAGUCCGGCCAGUCCGGCCCGACAAUCCCCAGACAGCAGCCUCCCUGCAGCAGGCGCUAUGUAAUUUCCUGCCGCCAUCCUGGUCUGAGGAUGUUGAUGACCAUUAUCACUACCUUGCAGACUUCUGGCGAACUGUAGGCGGCCAGUGGGCACCUGCAGCAACUCAUAAGCCCACACAGCCCUACAUCAGUCAGGCCAGUGAACACCUCGUUCAGGUAAGGCAAGGCCUCCGAGGAUAUCUCAAGCAGGAGGCCAGCGAGAGGCAACGACGCCGUCUCAUCAUCUGCUUGGCAGCUUGGAUGCUCUUCGCUCGCGGCCAAUCUUUCGGACCAGGCCAAUUGGCCACGGUAGCCCGUUGGACUGCCGAGAUUGAUUAUAGCGAAGCCGAAGCUUGGCACCGCUUCCACAAUGCCGGCGAGCUUCUCAGACGACAGGUCGCCUUGGACCGCCGAACCUACUUGCAACAGCUCGCUAGCGAAGUGUCGCUACAAGAUGUGCGCAAUCCCAAACGGCUGUAUGCCGCAGUCCGCAAGGCUUUCCCGACGACCAGGCCAGCCAAGCGCUCAUCUAUCAAGGCGCUGCCUGCAGUUGAAACACCCUCCGGGGAACUUGCUGUUACUGCUGAGGACCGUAUAGCCACUUGGCGUGAUCACUUUGCAUCACAGGAAACGGGUACCGCCAUCACGGGUCCAGGAUAUAUCGCACACAUGCGGGACCUCCCCGCCCAGACGGGACCCGGCAUCUUUGAUGUCAAUGCCUUGCCCACUCUUGGGGAAAUUGAAGCCAUUACCCUCACGCUCCGGACCGGGCGAGCGGCUGGCGCCGACUCUAUUACCAGUGAGUUGCUGCAGCUUCAUGUACCUACAACGGCGAGACAGAUGUUCGCUGUCUUUUUGAAAGCCACUGCAGGACUACGUGAACCUGUCCUUUUUAGGGGAGGCGAGCUAGUCUGCCUCGCCAAGAAGGCUGGUGCUGCGCUUCGCUGCAGCAGCUACCGCAGCAUUCUCAUUAGCAGUGUACCUGGCAAGGUACUUCACCGGCGUCUACGAGGACAACUCAUUGACAGGCUACAGAUCACGCGCCCGGCGCUCCAAGCUGGAGCCAUCCCCGGAGAAGGCAUUGAGCAUAUCUCGCUUGCCGCACAGAGUUUCUUGCAUCUGAGGGACGCUCGUCGAGAGCCCUGGGCUCUGAUCUUUUAUGAUGUACAGGCCGCCUUCUACUCCGUUAUACGUGAGUUGAUCACCCCACACACGCAUACGGAUAACGGCCUCCUCGAAUUGCUCCACCGCAUGGCAUUACCCCCAGCUGCUGUCAGUGAACUGCGCGACAAACUUCGCGACCUUGCGUUGCUGCCGCAGCUCGGAACCAGCUCACAUGUCACCGCCCUAGUGCAGGACUUGUACAAAGGCACGUGGUUCCGCAUCACAGGCAGUGCCCUUCUUACCCUUACUGAACGCGGCACAAGGCCUGGAGAUCCAGCAGCUGAUGCGGUGUUUGGGCGUGCCAUGUCAGCACUUCUUCGGUCCAUCGACGAGGCCAUGGACAAAGCUGGCCUGCUACCCCAUACUCCCCGCAUCACGUCGCCCCAUCAGUGGGCCGACACUACGGACGCUGUGAGCUGGGGUUGUCCGGCAUGGGCGGACGACUUUGUGCAACCGGUUGACGGAGAUUCACCGUGCGAUCUCCUGAACCGAGUGCAGCUUUCGGUUGGUUUGGUCUCUGCUAAGGUUUCUUCUUUAGGUAUGAAACUGACCUUCGAGAGGGAAAAAACCGCUGCUUUGAUUCCCCCGUGGAUCCCACGUGACCUACCACCACAGUGCCUCACUCAAAACGACAGUGUCUAUAUACCAAUCACUGAUGCCUUGACUCACGACGAGCAUGUGCUCUUCUUGGUUGAUGCAUACAAGCAUCUAGGGGGUAUCAUCACAGCGAACGCUUCGCCGAUUGUUGAUCUUCAUCAUCGGCAUUCCCGAGCUCUAGCCGUCAUUAAGCCUUUGCGCCGACGAUUGUUUGCCUGUAGGGAUAUCCCUCUCCCCACCAGACGGACCCUACUACGCUCCUUGGCCAUUUCCAAAUUUGCGCAUACUGGAGCGGCGAUUUUCCUUCAGGCCGCGUUUCAUCGCCGUCUUUGGUCGCAGCAAUAUGUCGGACUCUGGCGAUCGUUGUUCAUGCGACAGUCUGCCACUAGGAGCAUUCAUGCCUACAGGGUCCUUCAUGCCGCUCAGGCACCCUCGCCACCCUUGGCACUGGCCCGUGCACGUGCAGGCUUUUUGGCACGUCUCACUGCAGCGGGGCCCACUGUCCUCACCUAUCUUCUCUACAUGCAUUGGUGCGAACACAGACGGUCGUCUUGGUUGCACCAACUGGAGCAAGACUUUGAGGCUGUGUCGCUGUAUGUCCCAGAUGUUGCCAAUUGUGUACCCAACGACCAGGUCGUACCCUCCCUGCUGACAGCUCUGGUAGAGCAGCCCCGAUGGUGGUUACACCAAACCAUCAAAGCAUGCAAGGAGUUUCAGCGGCACUUGGAGCGGUGGAUGGACAGUCACGAUAGAUCGCAGCCGCCGCCGGCUACGCCGGUCUCGCGGCCGUACGCCUGUCCAUACUGUCCUUCGUCGUUUGCCCUCCGCAAACACUUAGGUGUCCAUCUUGCACGAACCCAUUCUGUGUUGAGCCCCUCCCGGCAUUUCGCACCCGUCACACAUUGCCUGGCAUGUCUCAAGCAUUAUGGCACCGUGGCAAGAGUACAGAUGCACCUCCGCAGCCGUCCGCAGUGCCUUUGGAGAUGCGCUCAUCUCUUUGCACCCAUGGAUCACGACACUAUCCAACAGGUCGAGAAGUCGGACCGUGAGGCAGCCAAACGACUUCGAUUGGGCUCUUGGAAGACCUUCACGGCACCAUGCCAGUCCGCCUUCCUCCACGGGCCCUUGCUCCCCACCGCGGACGAGCGACUCCCGGACCCCUCGAGCGCUGAGGAUCAAAUCACACUGUCCGAACUUGCCGCUCCGUUCAAGCCUAAGGCUUCAACGUUGCAGUGGCUCCAAGAGUACUUGGACAGUGCUAGUACAGAAGGUCCGAGACAGUCUGCCGUCUCGUUCUGGGGACACAAACCUUGUUUCACCAAUGCAUGA